AGAAAAAUUCAAAUUUUUCACUCUACUGAAAGGGUUGAGACGCAUUUUCAUGUAAGAGCGACAACAGCUGUUGCUGCAUAUCCAUGAGAACACACUAACCUCAAAAAAUUUGACAGUUGCGAAGUGGUUGAGGUGUUUGACAACUCGCAAUCACAGCACGACUGCACGACCACAAAAUGACAGUUCACAAUUUGUACAUAUUCUCGAGAACAGGGACAUUGCUGUAUUAUGACGAGUGGAACAGACUCAAUAAGUCUGGCAUCACAAAAGAGGAGGAAGCCAAGUUGAUGUACGGAAUGCUGUUCUCGAUAAAGUCGUUCGUCAACAAAAUAUCUCCCCUGGACUCCAAGGAAGGAUUCCAGUACUAUAAAACGAGCAAAUACACUUUGCACUAUUUGGAGACACCCUCAGGCUUGAAAUUCGUCUUGAACACGGACAAUGGGGCGCAGAAUGUGAAAGAACUACUCCAACAACUUUAUUCCCAGGUUUAUGUACCGUACGUUGUUAAAAACCCAGUAGCUCAGAUGAAUGAGCCCAUCCAGAGUGAAUUAUUCAAACUCAAAGUUGACGAACUCAUGAAGAAAUCACCUAUAUAUUUGUGUAGGUCACUGUAAAUUCAAUUAGGUAAUAAAUAAUUUUCAUAUAUUACGUUAA